CCGACAUUUUAAGUGGUUCACCACCAUGGGAAUGUUGUCGCGUAGAACGAUGGCGGAAAGAAGCGGCAGGGAUUAAUCCGAACAAUUCUAUUGUAUUUAUAUAUGGGGUAAACACAGUAGUUUAAGGAUAAUAUGUAAUUUGCCCUGUACAAUUAGUCAUGUGAGAUAACCUGUGACGUAAACGUUCAGUCUUGACUCAGUUGACCAGAAAGUUGGACGACACCAUGAUUUGUGUAAAAUAAUUUAAAAUGAAAGUUAUUAUCUUUCUUUUGUGUUGUGUGUGCGGAAGUUAUAGUGAAAAUGUGACCACUGUUCAUUUCGACAUUAGAGUAAGUGACGACACAGCUCAUUGUAACCCGAAAGUAACAAAAGGUAACGUCACUAAAAGAACUCACAAAGUGGUUAUAGAAACGGGUAAAAAAAUUAUACUGAAUGCUGGUUUGCAGACAGGCCAUAUUGAAAGAGCUAAUUGCUCAUACAACAAUGGUUCAGGACUAUAUGAUUUGGCUGAUGAAUACGACAUACAACAACAUAAUGAGCCUUGGUUUGAGGAACAUGAAGUAACAAAAUCGAUGUAUGGAAAGUGGAGUUGCAGGCUACGUUUUAACCAUGACACAGUACAUAAUAUAAACCCUGUGGAUGCUGGAUACACUUUUGUUCUGUGCAAUGUCAUCGUGAAAAACCCUGAAUCAGAUGUGUCUACAACGCCAUCUCCAGUCACUUUAGAGAAUAAACCAGUCAUGGAUAUCAAUAAUCCUAACUUAUGGUACAUCAUCGGAGGAGUAGGUAUCAUCGUACUUUUAAUCAUUAUCGGGCAAACCAUAGCUCUGUGCUACUUCAGAAAAAAAGCCCGGCCACAGCGAAGGAUCGACGAGAUGACACCCAGAGGUACAUUUGAAAGAGGUGACCGAGCAAGAUACAGCGCUCCACCGUGCAAGAGGAGCAAAGACCCAAUUCCGGUUCCAGAGUGUGACAGAGACAGCCAUAUCUACGAGUUGGUGGUCGUCAAUGGAAACUACAACAAGCCCUGUGAGUUGGCAGCAGCCGUUGAAAGCGAAGCAAGCAUACGUAGCAUCAGAGACCGCCCUCCAUUACCCCUACCUCAUGAAAUGGAAUCUGCCGAUGCUAUUCCACGUAAAAAGCAGUCACGCAUAGCAUCCAUAGCUACAAACUUGAGGCUCUCCAUCACCGGCUCCAGCAACUUACGAAGCAAGAAGAGGGAGCUACCCCCACCACCCGUACAGAUUUCUAAGAAAGCACCACCACGUCCACCAAAGCAGAUAAAUGAAGAAAGCCUCCCCGGCUCUCUGAAGCGACCGGCCAAAACCACGCCCGCGCCCGAGCCCGCUUCCACUCACGCUGCUUCUUCCGCACACGCCUUUAAAUCCGGCACCAUACCUAAGAAUACUGCUAAUGAAUCUCCAAUGUCAGAGUUGAAAAACGUUUUCAAGAACAGGAAUAUUGGAAAAGAUACAGCAACAUCUUCCCCGAAUGCUAUUAUAGAAAAGAAAAAUCCACCAAAACUCCAAACAAAACCUGUCCAACCCACAAAACCAAUUCAACCAAGACAACCACCAAUUGCUGCCAAACCUGUUCAACAAAAUCAAAUGAAACUAAUUCUACCAAAGAUAGAAGCAAAUUUAAAAACUGCUAAACCUGCCAUAGAACCUGUAACAUCACCAAUGAAACCUCCUUUAGUGAAAAAACCGCAGCCAACAUUAUCAAACGCUUCUCAAAAGUGGCCGCCUGUCUCAACAGAAACACAACAGGCCCCAAGGUUGGCCCCUGUGAAACAAAAAGUCCAAAAGUCGCCAAUUCAAAAUCGGCUGUUGCCAAAACUUAACAGGAGACCGUUACCGCCUGAUCCGGUGCCAGAGGAAGAUAUGCCAAUAUAUGAAAUGGCUGACGAAGUUGACACGCCUGAUACGGAAGAUGAUGAAGAAUGGACAUACGAACCACUAGAACAAUACAACAUAUACAACAUGUAGUAUGUACAUAAUAUGUAGACGACAAUAAUUUUAAAUAUUAUAAUAGGAUUCAUUUGUACUUACUCUAGUUUGUAGGUAUAGCCAUCAACUUAUGGUUUAUGUGUAAAUAUGUAUCUUCGAGAACGCCUAAGGUUAUUUUUAUAAUCUUAACAGGGGCCAUCAAAUAGCUGAUCGCGGUCCAGAUCUGGACCACCCACCCAUUUUUCUUGCUUAUUUAAUAAACUCGAGUAGAAACGGACCGCGAUGAUUAUUUAAUUUUAACCUUUUGAACGCCACGCCUAUUGUGCGCGGCGCGUAAUCGUGAACCUUGUCGGUACGCAUGAAGGUUGAUAUUGGGCUGUAGCCGCGCGCGUCAUUUGACGUCUUUGGCGAUCAAAAGGUAACCAUACCAUGAUGCCGUAUUUUGAGUGCGGGAAUGUUACACACUACUGUAGGGCUAAGAUGGUCGGCUCUUUAUCAUUUGUCACCAUGCCUGUCACGUUCUGAAAAGUAUGUAAGUGCGAAAGUGACGAGCAUAGUGACAAACGAUAAAAAUGCAACCAUGCUGCCACUGCUGUUUAUUGUAAAAUAAAGAAGAAUAAGAUAUAAGAUAGUAUAAGACCUUUUAGCACAAUUUUCCGUUCGUUUGUAUAUUAUAUUUGUGUAUGAUAAAUUAUGUUCCUUUUGUGCUAAUAAAUUCUUCUUAUCAUAUUUUAUCUUAAAACAGCGUCGAGUUCAUAAAUAUGUCUUAAUUUUUCACCUUAAUCUAAACAAUAAGGUUACGGAAGCGCUGGUGGCCUAGCGGUAGGAGCGUGCGACUUGCAAUCCGAAGGUUCAUACCCCGGCUCGUACCAAUGAGUUUUUCGGAACUUCGGCCUAGUUUUCCCUCUGGGUUGGAGGGUCAGAUGGCAGUCGCUUUCGUAAAAAUUAGUGCCUACGCUAAUUCUUCGGAGUAGUUGCCAAGCAGACCCCAGGUUCCCAUGAGCCGUAGCAAUAAGCCGGGACAAACGCUAGGAAGAUGAUGAUGAAUCAAUUACAAUAAGGUGAAAAAAAUUAUACAUAUUUAUGAACUCGAGUGUACCAAUCUAUAGAAUAAUAAUAAUGUAUAAUUAAAAACAGCUAGUAAGCUCUAAAUGUGCUUAGAAUUGUUGUUAUUAAUUACAGUUUUUACCUUUUUUGGGUAAAGUAAGGACGCUAAGCACAAAUAAUGUCAUACAUUGAACCGAUAUUGCUGUCCCGCUCGCACAGUGUCAUUGACAUUUCCAGAAAUAUGAUUAAAAUAAUGAUAAGAACAAAGGGGUCAACGUACUCGUACGAUUUAACCCAAAAAAGGGUAAACACUGUAUAAAUAUGAAAUAUUUAUUGUAAAAUAGUUACAGUAAAUAUAUUAAUACACGAAAUGAGUCCCGCACCCAAAACGGUUUUUCUUGUGAUCUCUCUGUGAAUGAGAUAUGUAAUAGGUAAUAAAUAAGGUAGAAGUACUAGUGCUCGACGCUGCACUAGUACUCGACAUGGGCACUUUAUGUCAAAGUGACAAGGAUUAAGUUCGAAUACAGAAAAAUCUUCGUUGUUCAAAUUUAACCUAUAUUCCAUGAAAUAAAGUGCCCAUGUCGGUGACUAGUGCAGCGUCGAGCACUAGUACUUCUACCUUACUCAUAACUUUUUUCAUAUGACACAUCAAUUAAAAAGCUUUUUAUAUGA